AUGAGUAGCCCCGAUGCACAUCUACCACCUGCCAUCGCCGAACCAGACAAUGUAGAGCAAGAGACUCUCGAGUAUACGCAACAAGGGCCACACGCGAUUCAUCGGAAAAGCAAACCUCCUUCACCCACAAUGCCAGUUCAGGAAAUGCCAUUUGGUGCACGGAUGCCAGAAGCGAUUCGAAAGAGUUAUGUUCAACAGCGGUUACCAGUGAGACAACAGAGCUUGGCAGCGCCUUACAACCGUAAAAGUUUAUUACCAUUUCCAUCAACACAACAACAACAACAACAACAACAACGGUCGUCUUCAGCAGCAGCAUCAUAUCGAUCAACAUCCCACAUGCCACCGCCACCGCCAACUGGUGGUAAAGUCAAAGUACCACCUAUACGCACAUCCAGCAUUAUCCACUUGAAUAGUCUAUAUCCAAACACGCCCCUCAACACCAUGCUAAACACCAACAAAGAGGAAGAGGAAGAGGAGGAAGAUGAUGAUUUCGACUUUCAGGAUCGACCUCCUUCAUCGAUUGUGUGCGUUGUUCCUACGACAAAUCAUGACAACAAUAGUGAGCUAUUUUCACCCGACACACCCAAUGAUCUACAUCAUCAAUUAUCAUCAUCUAUAUCCCUGCCUUCCGACAUACCCGGUUUAGCAGCAGCACCACCUACCAGCACACACCCACCACCACCACCACCACCAUCAUCAUCAUCAACACUACAACCAUCUACAGACGACGAUUUCCUUCUUUCACCUGAAACGUCCACCAAUCACCAUGGCUUUACGCGACGAGGUUCUGAAGCCGUUUCCAUUGAUACAUGUACGACUGUGGAUUAUACUCCCAACAAUGACGCUGUACCAGAUCAAGCCUUUCCACGCAUGAAACAUAGUCGAUCUGAUUCCAAUGUAACACUGGGUCGUCGCGAUACAAUGUCAACUCUUGGGGACUUUGAUAAUGAACUUCCACCCAUGUCACCCUCUGUGAGCGAUGAUCAUUCACGACAAGGCUCAUCAUCAUCAUCACGACAAUCCAUCUUUCUUCGAAUGCAACAAAAACGGGAAGAGCAACGACGAUCCAUUUAUGCAUAUCGAGCUUCCAAUGUUCGUCAACAACAACAACCGAUGGUAUACCCCGCAAUGCUAUCUUUGGUGGCACGUGAGCUGUAUCGGCGGCUGAGUAUUAGGACCAUUCGUAAGAAUGAUAUUGAGCAUCAUAAUGUCUUUGAAGGAAAAGAAGCAGUGGAUCGGUUGCUAUUGAUAUUACGAACGCAUGAUCGCAACUUGGCAUUAUUGGUGGGACGGGCCUUGGAUGCACAAAAUUUUCUGCACGAUGUCAAUUAUGAACAUCGCCUCCGUGAUUCGCCUGAUGAACUUUACCGUUUCCGUGAAGAGAUUGGUAUUCCGAUGGGAUUAGAAGGCAAUGAUGGUGAUCACAAACGUGACAUGGAGGAUUAUAAUGUCCCAACAGGCGUGUUCACUGUUCUCACCGAUUGCUAUUCCCCAACCUGCUCCAGAGACAAACUAUGCUAUAGUGCCACGUGUCCUCGUAAAGCGUCCAAGGGUUUAAGGCGUACCCAAAGCCAAAGCUCGUUACAAGAAAAGGAACAUCGGGCAUUAUGGAUGCACAGCGUACCCCAAGAGAUAUUGGACAUCACACCUGCUCAAGAGCGAAAGCGCCAGGAAUGCAUAUACGAGUUGAUCCAUACUGAGCAAGACUUUGUGCGUGAUCUUCAAUAUGUACACAAUUUCUGGGUCAAGCCCUUGAUUACAGAAGAUAUCAUUCCUGAUGAACGACGAGAGCAUUUUGUACAAGAAGUCUUUUGGAACAUGGCUGACAUUGAAAAAGUGAAUUCACGUCUCUCGCGUGCAUUGAUUGAACGACAAAAGGAGGACCAUUUGGUUUCAAGAAUUGGCGACGUGUUGCUCGAGUAUGUUUGCGAGUUUGACCCCUUCGUUGCUUAUGGCGCCCAUCAAGUGAUCGGCAAAUUCAAUUUCGAGCUCGAGAAAAAGCGCAAUCCUCAAUUUGCCCAGUUUGUAGAGGAUACAGAACGCAAACCUGAAUCAAGACGACUCGAAUUGAAUGGCUAUUUGACCAAGCCCACCACUCGCCUUGGAAGAUACAACUUGCUAUUGCGUGAGAUCCUCAAGCGCACCGAGCCAGAUAAUCCUGAUUACGAGCUUAUUCCUCAAAUCAUGGAGAUGAUUUCUGAAUACCUGAUACAAGUCAACACUGAGACCGGCAAAUGUGAAAACAUCUUCAACUUGCAACAAAUUGAGGAACGAUUAUCUUUCAAGACACACGCUGACUAUGUGGACCUGAAACUUCGGGAACCAGGACGCGAACUCGUCAUGAAGGGAAGGUUACGGCGAAAGGGCAAUACGCUAUCGGAUUCAUCAGACCUUCAAGUCUUCCUUUUUGAUCACUAUUUGGUGUUUGCAAAGAUCAAGUAUUAUAAUCAUAUGGAAUACUACAAGGUGUACAGGAAGCCUAUACCUCUCGAGCUUCUCUCAAUACAAGUAUCUGGCAUGAAGGAUCGCAACAAGCGUACAAGUGUCAUUUUACCAUAUAGUCGAUCUGCCACGCUUUUAUCAAAUCACAAUUCGAUAUCGCCUAAACCUUCAGCAUCAGAAAUUGGCAUAUCCAGCAGCAAAUCUGGCAAUCAUUCAAUCACGUUUUAUCACCAUGGUCGUCGUGGUUCUCCACCAUUGACAUUGUAUACAUCAUCUUUAUCGACACAAAAGGCAUGGAUUGAAAAAGUGAAAGCGCAACAAGCUAUCAUUGCCGAGAACCGACGCGUUUUUGUGUUGAAGCCACUCGUCCAAGGCAGCUUUACUUUGAGCAACAAAAUCCAUAGCUCAGCCAUUUUGCGGGAGGCAAAUGGGGAUCGACAAAUCAUUGUUGGCUCUGAUCAAGGUGUUUAUUCUUGCAAGUAUCCAAAGGAAACACGUCAAGAAGUGGAUGAGGUGGAUGAAGAAGAAGAAGAAGAAAGCACCGUCAAGCGGAUCAUGUCUGUGGAAAAAGUCUAUCAAGUCGGCAUUGUAGAUAAUGGAGAAUUAUUGGUGCUUUCGGACAAGACAUUAUGGGCGUUCCCGAUUGAUAUGGUCAAAGCAGGCGAGCUGCAAGCCAAACGCACUCGGCCCCUUAGUCAACAUUGCGCCUUUUUCCAUAUCGGUGAAAGCAUGGGCAAAACGCUUGUAUGCGUUGUAAAGCUUAGUGCAUUGACACCUACGACAAUUCGUGUCCUGGAGCCUGUUGCUGUCGAAGAAGAUAAGAAAAGCAAGAGGACUUUUAUUCAGCGUUUGGUGCGACCGGGUUCCGAGAAUUUACGACCGUACAAGGAUCUUUAUCUUCCAAGUGAAGCAUCCGCCAUCAGCUUGCUAAAGACAAAAAUGUGCGUCUCUUGUCCUCAAGAAAUUGGUGUCAUUGAUAUGAAAUCCUUUGAGGUUCAAGCACUUUUGGAUCCUGAUGAUGAGGAAUUAGCGUUUGUUUUUUCACGGCAAGAUCUACGACCUAUUUCUAUUUAUCGCAUCCAGUUUGCUGAGUAUCUUGUGUGUUACAAUGAAUUUGCAUUUUUCGUGGAUCAGCGUGGACGAUUAAAACGAUCGCGUUGUACGAUAGAGUGGGAAGGAAUGCCGGAUUCGUUUGCACUAUGUUACCCAUACAUCAUUGCAUUUGAGCCUGAAUUCAUUGAAGUGCGAAAUAUUCUAACGGGAUCACUGGAUCAAUUCAUCCGAGGUACACAUAUACGGUGCGUGAAUCCAAAUGCCAAUGGAUCGAUACAUGUUGCUAUGAGUGAUACCGAACAUGAAGGAUACCAAGGACUCUUUCAACUCAAGAUGACCAAGCGACAUGUUGACUAUUUACCACCUUCAUCAUCUUAUCUAUCAACCAUGUGGUGA